AAUGUGUAAAUGGAUGUAUGUAUUAUUCAUUUGAGUUUUGAAGACCACCGCUUCUCGGAAAGCCGCACGUGAACACUAGCGUGUCCACUUCAGAUGGACGCCGGAUGAUCUCAGCAGGGAACAUCCCCAAUCUGUCCUGACUCAGUAGGUUGUAAAGAUGAGUCAACGGGAAGGAAUCAUCUCCUUCUGUCUUAUAAAUAGAUAACGUCCGUCGUUAGUGACACUUUGCUCUCAGAUGCUAAGCACGCAGCAACGCUUCGCAAUUUGUUCUGCUCUGCAAUAUGUCACCGAAGAAGAGCAAACGCUCAUGCAAAAAAUGUGGGAUCCUUAUCCGAGACCACCACCACGCAAAAGCAGGAAGGUUCUGCACAGGUCCCCCAUGGCCAGCGCCGACUCCCUCUCCAGACCCGCCGGCAGCCGCUGACUCUCCCCAGAUCCCGGAUCUGGAAACUUUGCAGCAACAGCGAGAGGACUUGCAGUCGGCCAUUGAGCGAGCACGCCUGGCUCGUGAAGUUCGAGACUUGGAGGCGGACCUGCGGGCGCUGCAACUCGACAUCACCAGCGGCAAGCCAGUUAACAGUCCGCCAGCAACUCCAGAAAAGCAGCUACCAGGGGCCACACCGCCCGUACCACCCCCUGCAAACCAAACGCCUCCGCCGUCAGAACAGACCCCGGCAGACCAUACGCCGCCGCCGCCGCCGCCGCCGCCACCUGCACAGACCACGACGACUGACCAAACGCCUCCACCGCCAGCACCGACCCCGCCGAUUGUCCCGCCGCCAGCACCAGCUCCUGCGGGAACGCCGCCUCCCGCGAACUUGCAGGAGUUACGGCAACACCCGCAGAUCCAGGCAGCGAUGCAGGAGCUGACGUCUUCGUCGCUGGCCCUGGACGACUUGCUGUCUCGCCCGACCACCGUGCCGGCCACAUCCACAGUCCCAGCCAGCACUCCAUCACCAGCUGCGCCGCUUCGUCGGAUAGAUCAGGACCCUCAAAUCUACCUGGCAACCAACACAGGGCACCCACCGCCUCCCGGUUUGGCCACCACUUUGGAAAGGAACUUGGAUGCCGAAAUCAGUGCAUUCCGGGCUUCCACCUUCGCAGAUAGCACCAAAUCUACCUACGGUACCCACCUCCGGGCGUACCUCCAGUUCUGCCUUUUCCUGGGCUACCCCCCAGUGCCCGCUACUACGGAGAUCGUCUGUCGCUAUGCGGCAUUCCUGGCCCGGUCGUUAACCUACACUAGCGUCCGUCAGUAUCUGAACAUUGUUUCCCUACUCCAUAAGGAGUUUGGCAUGCCUAACCCAACCCUGCAAAAUUGGCAAUUACACACUGUUCUGCGGGGCAUUCGGCGUUUCAAGGGGGACACGCCCCGCAGAAAGUUACCAAUCACCCCUACAAUUCUGCUCGGCAUCUUAUCGACCUUAGAUUUGUCCUUGAGUGUCGAUGCCACCUUUUGGGCGGCCUGCCUAGUUGCCUUCUUCUGCCUCUUUUGGAAGGCCAAUUUGGUUCCUUCCUCCAAAAACGCCUUUUCCGCUUCAAAAUAUCUCAGUCGAUGCGAUUUCAAACUCUCUGCAUGGGGCUUUACAGUCACUUGUAGGUUCUCAAAAACUAUUCAAUUCGGCGAAAGGCUUCUCGAAAUUCCACUGCCGGCCAUCCCUGGCUCACCACUUUGUCCCUGCGCUGCUCUAACCCUGGCCUUUUCCAAGACACGCGGGGCAUUACCCGAUCAAUCUGCAUUCCUAUAUAGCGAGCCCACUGGCUCAUUAACGCCGCUCACUUAUCCUAAGUUCCUCCGCAAACUCCGCUCCAGUCUCUCCGCUCUUGGCUUCAAACCCUCCCUGUACGCGGGUCAUUCUUUCCGUAGGGGUGGUGCGUCCUACCUGCUAGAAUGCGGGGUUCCGCUUGACCUUAUCAAAAUCAUGGGAGAUUGGAAGUCUGAUUCUGUAUUUGUAUAUCUAGCAAUCAACUUGCAAGGCCGUCUCACCGUAAUGAAUAAGAUGGGACAAAGACUACGAACUCUACUUUAAGUAACUGGUAACAUUGACUUCCUGUUAUCACUACUGUUUAGAUCAUGAUAUCAGCUUUGGGCUUUGGGAGAACUUUUGUCUUGUGUGAAAAUAAAACUCCCAGUGUUUGAUGCCCCAAAGCUGCCUUUGUACAUUAUUGCAUACUAUAGGCUAGACUAUGAGAUACCCUAGGAUUCAAAGUGUAAAUGGAUGUAUGUAUUAUUCAUUUGAGUUUUGAAGACCACCGCUUCUCGGAAAGCCGCACGUGAACACUAGCGUGUCCACUUCAGAUGGACGCCGGAUGAUCUCAGCAGGGAACAUCCCCAAUCUGUCCUGACUCAGUAGGUUGUAAAGAUGAGUCAACGGGAAGGAAUCAUCUCCUUCUGUCUUAUAAAUAGAUAACGUCCGUCGUUAGUGACACUUUGCUCUCAGAUGCUAAGCACGCAGCAACGCUUCGCAAUUUGUUCUGCACCCUAAUCCCACCCGACCCUAACUAUCUGUUAGUCAAUCCAUUGUAUUGCCUUCUUUCUUUGUCAUAGUUGUUUGCUACAAUAAUGAUCUUAGUAAAAAUCGUAUGUGUUCAUGAAUGAACUGUUUGUAGAUGAAACGUCUGUUGUACGUACUAAUGUAAUGUGUAAAAGAGCUUUAGGAUAGUAUUGUACUGACAUACUCCUUGUAUAGAUAGAUAUCUCUGUGUCCGGGAGAACUUUUGUCUUGUGUGAAAAUAAAACUCCCAGUGUUUGAUGCCCCAAA